AUGUUGGAAUUCGUAUGGUCGAACAGAAAUGACGGACUUGUGGACAAGUUACUGGAUACACGCAAAUUUACUAAUACGGUCAAAGACAUGACUCUUGAAGAUUUAAUCAGUCCUAUAAUCUCCAAUGAAAGCUUUUAUAAAUAUAUAAAACAAGGAGAUUUAUUUAAUGGUCCGUGUUUCAGAGCAACUGUUAGCAAAUUAUUAGGAUAUGGAAUAGUUGUUGGUUCGUCACUUGUUAAAAUUCCUCAAGUAUUAAAAGUUGCGAAAUGUCAAAAUGCGUUUGGAUUGAGUAUAAUCUCAAUUUUACUUGAAUUGAUUUCCUUCACAUCUUUAAGCGCAUAUUCAUUUGUUAACGGAUUCCCAUUCAGUGCCUAUGGGGAGGGAAUCUUUUUAUGUAUACAAAAUUUUCUCUUGGCUGUUAUGGCGAUAACUUGGACAUAUUCACGUGCUAAGGCUAUCCUAUUCUCCUGUGCUUACAUAGCAUGUGUAGCUGUUCUUUUGUUUCCGUCACUUCCAUUAUCAAUAUUGAUAUUGUUUCAUACAGUCAACCUCCCAAUCAUGUUAUCGUCUAAGACUGCUCAAAUAUGGACAAAUUAUUGUAAUGGGAGUACAGGUCAAUUAUCAGCUAUUACAAUAUUCCUGUUUGCCUUAGGUUCAACUGCACGUAUAUUUACAUCGAUUCAAGAAACUGGCGAUCGUCUAAUGAUUACAUCGGGUAUUCUAGCUAGUAUGUGUAAUUACAUGUUAAUGGGUCAAUUAUUUUAUUAUUGGAAUGUGCCAUCUGUUUCUGCUACUGAACGACGACAAUAUCUAACACGAAAAUCCAAAUUGAAUUAG